AUGCCUUCUUCGACCCAGUCGGCCGCGGCGCCCUUGACCACAGUCUUUAGUCCUCCAGCGUCCUGUACCAAUGUCCAACAGGUCUCAUCGGAGUGUCAGAAAGACUGCAAAAAUCUGUACAAUAUCGUCCAGAUCACCGACUCCAAUUGCUUUCCCUCUCAGUGGGCUACCACGGCAACUUGGUUUUCCCCGGGCAUCUACUGCCCCAAGGGCUACACCGUCGCGGAUUCUCACACCGUCACGAGUGGUCUUCAACUCACAGAGACACAGGCGAGAUGCUGUCCGUCAGGAUACACAAUGGCAACAGAUCUAGCACAAGCCUGGUGGACCGCAGAACCAUGCACCAAAGUCAGCGCGGUCACCACAACUCUCAACUUUACCGUGUACAGCGCCACGGGCGCAUCUCCAACAACCACCUCUGAAAUGGUCAUCCGCGGCCCCAUCAUUCAUGCCUACCCCGUCGAACUCAGAUGGCAAUCCAGCGACAGCGCAGCGCUGGGCUCCGGCUCGACCACCGCCAGCGCCGUUCCAACCUUCACCGACGCCACCACCACCAAGACAUCUGCCUCGACCACGGGACCCACGUCCUCGGCCACGUCUCCGUCAACCGCACCGCCCAGUUCGGACGGAGCUCACGGCUCGUCGGGUCUUUCAACGGGAGCGAAAGCCGGAAUUGGCAUCGGCGUCGCUGCAGCAGUGAUUAUCAUUCUCGCUCUGCUCUUCUGUUUGUGGCGGAGAAGGAAAGGCAGCGCGAGCUCAGCCAGCCCAAGCAAGGAACGCAAGGUGUCUUUGGGUAAUGCGCAAGAUGAUGUUUACGGGGAGAUCCCGGUCCGUCAGGUUCCCGGACACAAGCCCGUGGAGCUGCCGACGCGGGCGACGGGAUGGUCGGAAGAACUACAUGGUCAAUCGCACCCAGCACCAUCGGAACUGGAGGCCGGGCAAGCUGGUUAUGAUUCGCCUAUGACUGCCAAGUAUAGGUGA